AUGAGAACCACGCUGCGCCGUGAAUUUUCUCAUGACACGUUUUCUAUCACUACUGCAACCUGCACUUUUUUAUUAAUCUUCGAGAGGGUAGCAAACAUGCCAAGUCCUCUAAAAAGAAGGCAAUUGGAAGAGUCGAAGGUUAGCGAUGAUACGGCUGCUCAGCCUGGACUGCCAAUCGUCCGCGGGACCACUUCACAUGCCCACCAGCAACCGUCGCAGCUGGCGCGUCUCCCUCACGAGCUUCUUGUUCAGAUAAUCGACCCCAUUCUCGCCCAGGACGAACCUAUGCUGCUCCUUCCCAGGUCGCGCUUUGUCAAGGCCAAAAAGUUGACUCGCGGGAGCGCGUGGUCACCGCUGGUUAGUAUCCUCCUCGCAUGCCGCGCCAUGUACUUUGCCGGCGUUGAGGUAUUCUACGGUCGGAACACGCUGCACUUUGUCGAAGCGCUUCACUUCCGAAAGCUUGUCGAGACAAGACUCAACUACGACCAGCGUUGGAGCAUCACUAGCGUGCGGCUCACUGUCGCCUGGCAGAGGGGACGAAGCAGCACCUCACCGUGGCGUCUGCUGCAUGAUUGCGAUUCGUGUGCGGAGUGGAGGGACGUGCUUGAACGGCUUCCGAAGCUGCGGCGGAUUCUAAUAAGAAAUACGACCGAGUUCAACAAAGCGGAGUUGCUGGCGCAAGUAGAUAUGGCGGCUUUUGAGGCAAGAAUGCGCGAGGAGAUUGGGCCAGAAAAGGCGGGCUUGCUAACGUUUGAAUGGCCGCCGGACGUUUCUGAGACGGAUUGA